AGCGGAGUCUCCAUUCAUAGCAUGCAAAAAAACCAAGUGUCGAGUUUCCUGUAGUUCAGAAAGUCAAAGAGGAAUCUAACACUGUGCACUCUUGCCUGCAGAUCAGCCGCACACUUUGAGUCCUGCAGAGGUCACGUGUUGAUGAAAAGGAGAACAACACUCCCUGCUUUUCCCUCAGAGUGGCAUGACACAUCUUUGGGCAUUUGACUUCUGGAUCUCACCACCAACGGUCCUUCAUCAAGAUGUCUGAUUUCAGCGCUGCGCUCGUCCUGGUCUUCACUGCCGGCUGGUGCAUCAUGUGUGCAGCCGACGUUGGGGAUUUCGCUCCGUGCCUGCAGGUCUUUUAUAAGUCAUGGCCUCCUAAAGGUCUGGCGGGGACCCCGAUCUGCCAACGGUAUAACAACCAGUACCGCUUCGCCGCGCUGUACAGUCGGCCGCGCCGCUCUCCGUGGUUCUCGGCAUAUUUGUACUCUGCACCAGCAGGAAAGAGACCCACCUCAUGCUGGAAGUUUGAGCCUCAGUUAGCCUACCCAGGAGCCGACGGCAACAUGAUCCCCUUCCCUCCGGGCCCUCUGGACCAGAACGUGGUGGACAGCCAAGCGGUGGAGCUGGACUACAUCAACUCCACCUAUUCUCGCGGCCACUUGAACCCCAGCCUCCACCACCAGAGCCACGAGGACCGCUCGUCCACCUUCACCCUCACCAACGUGGUUCCUCAGAAGGCCGGCUCCAACGACGGGCCCUGGGAGGCCCUGGAGCAGACCGUCAACACAACCUUGGCGGCCUACUGUCUCGGAGAGGCCCACGUGGUGACCGGCGUCAUCCCUUACCAGAGCGACGAGCACUGGCUCAGGAACCAUCGCGUGGCCGUGCCCGAGUAUCUCUGGUCCGCCUACUGCUGCCCGAACUACAACAACAGUCUUCCGGAAGAACUGAGGGAUGCUUUCCCGACGUACGCCGCCAUCGGCCGCAACGACCGCAACAGCACCGAAGAGAUUGUUCCCGUCAGCCAGACGGCUAAGAAACAGUUCAGAGGUUUUGAUGUGAGACAAAUGCCACUGGAAACACUGGAGAAGUAUCUGAGGGACAGGUUCGGUGCUGCGGUCAAUGUUUUCUACGAGCAGUGUUCUGGAUCAGACUGAUCCUGCAGACACAAACACACACUGACUAUAUUCUUACAAUAGUUACAUCUUAGAAUAUUAAUGCUAAUAUCAUUUAAUUAAAGGAUAAAUAUGUAUACAGUGCCAUCCAAUGUGUUACAAAAGAGCAAAUUUAUAUAUAUAUGAUCGUGUUUGACUGUAAAAGGAACCUAAAGGACUUCAAAAUGUUUGUUUUCCUAAAAUACAUUUAGGAAGAAAAGCAGAACUCCGGUGGGAAAAGAAAGCGAAAGAAUCACCUAAUAAGAGUUAAAGGACAGACAUGAUCAAGACAUGAGGUGAUUAUUUUGCUGUUGUUGUUGUUUACCCCUGGUGUUUGUUUUGGGGAUACAAACAUUGGUAGCUUUUAUGCUGCUUCGACCCGCUAUAGGUCCUUGUCACAUUAAUGUAAAUAUUGCAGGUUUUAAAGUAAUAGUUAUUACAUGUUGGGAACUACUCUUAUUCAUUUUCUUGCUAAAAGUUAGGGAAGGCAAGAUACAUACACAUACUGUAUAUGUAUAUACAUAUAUCACACUUUAUAUCCAAACAGAUUACACAAGUAACAAAUGAUGAGAAACAAUGAAUGCAAGCAAACAAAAACAAUCAAUAAAUUUGAUUUAGACAAGAAGAUUGAUACCACUCUCAUAUCGGUCAGUUAAGUAUAAGGUUGGAGCCAGGAGGCGGAUAGCUUAGCUUAGCAUAGAAAAAACUUUACUUGUUGUUUUUACACUUUGGUUUACUACAACAUAUUAAUUUAGAUAUUAGAGGUGCAGCAAGCAUAUUUUGAUACCUUUGAACAGAGCCAUGCUAGCUGUUUUCCUCUGUUUCCAGUCUUUAUGCUAAGCUAAGCUAACCAGCUGCUGGCUGUAGCUUCAUAUUUUCUGCAUUCAUGAGAGGUAUCAAUCUUCUCAUCUAACUCUCAAGACAGUGAAUAUGCGUACUUCCCAAAAUCUCAAACUUCUGUUUCAAGCAUUUGAAACCAGAGCUUUUUUUUACCUUCGGUUGCCGUAAAACACAUAUUUCAUAUUCCUCCACAUAAGUCAUGAUGCUCGUCGACACUAUGGUUUGAUAUGUUGAGUACAUACAGGUUGCAAUGCCUCCACUGCAGGUUUGAAGUUGUACAUGUUCUUUGUGACCACUAGGUGGUGACCUUGUGCAACACAUGCAGAUGAGUGGCAGCUUCUGCUGACUGUAUUCUGCAACUGGACGGAUUUUACCACAAAGUUUAAUUUGUUGGUAAUUCAAAGUAACACCAGACCUCAUUAUCUUGGAAAUCAAUUCCUCAUUUAUAUUAUUAUUUACUAAAUAAUGUCUUUGAUCUUUUGUUUUAUAUUUAAAACAGAAUUCAUCUUCAUUAAUUGCUGCUUUCUGAUGAUGUAUAAAAUAAAUAGGGAUGAUAUUUGUGCUUUAAGAGAUGACUCAUUCAGACAAACAUGAACUCCUUCCACAAGUUGGACUCACUAGACCUUUUUAUUUUUGUUUCUGUAAUGAUCACUAAGACACACAUUUUCCUCAUAUCACACUGGAUUUAUUGCAUGAAUGGUGCAGUAGCACAGACGUACAGAGGGCUAAACAUAUCAAACACUGUGUCAACCCGGAUUAUUUAGUCAAAAUUAAUCACUGGUUUAGUGGUGUUGUUGCAUCUUUGGAGUGAAGAGCUUGUCCCACACCUCCACCUUCAGCAUGGCCCUGCCCAUCGGGGACAUGGUCGCCUUGAGGUCAAAGUGAGGGCCCUCAAACGUGAGACUGCUGCCUUUGGCCUCCUCCCUCACGAAGCCGCUUUGCUCUUUGUUUUCAUACAUCUCCUUGUACAGCUUCUCGUUGCACUCUUUGUCCUGGUUGAAGAUCCCCAGGGCCAACCAGUUCUGAUACACGUUGUUGUCGUAGGGCACGGAGAACAUUAUGGCUAUUUUCUCUUUGGCGCUGUUGCUUUUCCUCUCAAACAUGUCGUAGGUCAGGACGCCCACCGCGCCCGUGGCACUGCCGCUGGUCUUGCUGAAGUUGCACACCUCGGUUUUCAAAGGGCGCACGGUGGGUUGGGGGGGGCUGUGGCAGUUGCCGCUAUCCAGGUAAACCCUUUUGUUUUUUUAACGCCAAGAAAGAAAGAAAAUAAAAUGUAAAGUAAGGAAUGGGUAGAAAACGCUGUAGUUUUAUUCAAGCUGUACUUUAACCAUAAUUUCCUCAAAGGAAAUAGAUGGAUGGAUGGAAAAUGAUUGUGUUACAGCAGCAGGUUAUACACGGCAGCAGUAAAUAUAUACAUACUCUAGUGUUGUACAUAUACAACACUAGAGCUAUAAAUCUAUAAAAUACACAAUAAACUAUUAGAAGACACUAAAUCUACCAAACUACAACUAGAAUAUUAAAUAUAUUAAAUAAGCAUACUUUAUCAAGUAUGCUUUCCUAUGAUAAUAUUACAUUGUACUUUUUCUUAUAUUACUUAGAUCUUUAAGUUGUCUGAAUUCACUAUUUAUAGUCAACAUAAUUAACUAUUUUAAGUUAACUUCACUCAGAUCUUUAAGUUGUCUGAAUUGACACAUUGACAUAUAGUUAACCUAAUUAUAAAUUUUGAGUUAACUACACUAAAGUUUACUGCAAUGACAUGAGUUGCCUAAACAAUUUCAACUUUACCAACUUAAAAUGAAUGAGCUACUUGACUUAACAAAUUUUUAGGCAAUCGUUUUCCUGACUUUUUUUUAAGGUAAAGUCAACUUAUUACAUUUUACAGUGUACAUGAACAUCCGCCGUUUUUUAGCAGUAUUGUGUUCUACGUGUUGGACUUACUUGGGGUCGAUGAGGCAGUAGCCGUUGGUGAGGUUGGUGAUCUCAAUGGUGACAUUUCUUCUGCUUUUCUGGUUAGCAGCCAAAG